UUCUAUUAUCAUGAAACUAUUAAAUAGUUUUAAAGUGAGAAAAUUUCUUCUGCGUCCGGUCUUCGCCUUCACACCUCCCAAGCUCCAAGAUUCCAACCUCACGGCUUCCAUGGCAAUAGUCUAAACCUAGGGUUUCCCCCUCCCGAAUCUGAGGUCGGUUCCCACCGCUUCCAUCCUAUCUAUCUUAUUUUUCUACAAAGCAAUCGAUUACUUGCGGUCUUUUCUUCUUACAAGAUUAUCUGGAUUCCAUCAUCUUCCCGUUUUUGGUAGUGGGAUUUUGAAGAUCUCGCACCUGAGAUUGAUUUAGGGGUUUUGAUGAGCUUAUGAGCGUUCUAGGAAUAGAUUAUGGCUUUUCUUUUCUUGAUUGACUUGAAAGGAAGGAUUCUGUUCUAUUUCAGCUGUUGAAAUAUUGGGGGUUUGGUUGGGAAUUUGAGAUAUUGGGUUUGGGAUGGAGGAGGUGGAGGGGGCUAAUAGGGCGGCCGUGGAAAGCGGCCACAGACUUCUUAGCUUGCUUGCGUCGAAGGCUGAAGAUGAGGUCCAGCAUAGAAGAAACGUAGCCGCGGAGACUGGGGAAACUGUUUCCAGAUUUAGAAAGUUGGCUGCUUUGCUUGGGAAUGGUGUAGGACACGCGAGAGUAAAGAGGGCGAAACUAUCUCCGCAACAAACUCCAUUUUGUCAUCAAAAGCUCGUCUUAGAUUCCGCAUUAGCCGCAAAGGCCAGUCCCAGUGCCAAUUUGUUACCAAGAACGGGAGAUUUGGACCGAAGAAUCUUUCUUGAGAACAAACCAGUGCCGCAAAUCCAUUCAGCUCAUCCGAAUCCUGUCCAACUUGCCACGCAGUUCCAAUAUCUUCAUCAGCAACAAAAGCAAAAUCAUUCGUUCCAGCUUCAGCAGCACAUCAAGUUCCAGGCUGAAAUGCUACGAAGAGGAAAUAGCGGUGGCAUAAACCUCAAAUUUGACACACCGAGCUGCUCACAGACCAUGUCAUCCACAACACGAUCAUUUUUGUCAUCCCUGAGCAUGGAUGCUAGUGGGAGUGUUUCAGGGUUAGAUAGCAAGUCGUUUAACUUGAUUGGCGGGCCUCAGUCAUCGGAGCCAUCGAAUCUGCACUCGAAUCCACGGAGGAGGUGCACUGGAAGAGAGGAUGGGAGCGGAAAAUGUGCUAGCAGUGGAAGAUGUCAUUGCUCGAAGAAAAGGAAGUUGAGACUGAAGAGAUCCAUUAAGGUUCCUGCCAUUAGCAAUAAGCUUGCUGAUAUACCUCCUGAUGAGUAUUCUUGGAGAAAGUAUGGGCAGAAACCAAUUAAGGGUUCUCCUUAUCCUAGGGGAUACUAUAAAUGUAGCAGCAUGAGAGGCUGCCCUGCAAGGAAGCAUGUGGAGAGGUGCUUGGAAGACCCUUCCAUGCUUAUUGUUACUUAUGAAGGUGAGCACAGUCACAACAGGUUAAUUACCCAGUCUGCUCAGACCUGAAAACCAUGGAGAUCAUUUGCAACCAUUUUCUACACGUUUAUCUUCCGUUCCAACCAUUUGAGCAUCCUUCAUAGAUGAGUUUGUUCCUCAAGAUUCCAUCUUUGAUGCAGUAUUCAACAGUGUAUCUGUUGAUGUUUUUGAGGUAUUUGGAGUCUGCGAAAAUAUGUUGCCAUACAUCCUGGGUCUAUCUUUCCACCAUUAACAAAGCAACUGCAAGAACUCUUUGAAUGAUGAACCUUUCUUUCACUUGUCUAAACUUAACCUGCCCAUAAACUUAACUACAAGGUCAUCUUCUUUGAAAUUGUUAAUGAUGGCCUGUCCAAACCAUACACAGAGAUAUCUGAGGCUGUGAAAUGUACUUUGAAGUUAAGUUAAUGGUUGCUUUUAGUGUUUACCGAUCUGUCAUAUUGGUUUUACUUUUUCCCAUGCCAGUUUUUUUUUUCGCCUGCUUGCUUAGAAUGUGCAACUCUGGUUUUGUUUUUAUUUUUUUCUUUCAUGUAAAUAAGAACAUUGUGGUUGUUCAUGGGAUUUCUUAGUUAUA